AAAAGGAAGCAACAAAAAAGCAUUAAAACACAACAACAACGAAACGAUAGAAAAAUAUCAACACACACAACCACACUUGGUUCUCACAAUCUCAUCUCAUGUCUCUGAUUCACAAUUUGAAGCUCUAGCUACCACUCCUUUUCGUUGUUGCAGAUGGCACUUGUUGAUCUCAUUCGCUUACAAUUCCGAUCCCUUCGAUACUCCUCUUCCUCUUUCUUCAUCACUCUACCGCCGCCACUACCUUCCACCGCCGAAUUCUCAGGUAACAAAGCGAAGAGGGUGUUCUCUGCUUCUGCAUAUUCUUCUUCAGUGCCACCUGCUACUCUUACCGCCGCCAUUGCUAUCACGCCCAGAAAGCACUUGCUUUCUUUCAAGGUAUGUGCAACUAUUGCUGAAACUGAUCAGCCAAAAUGGUGGGAAAAGAAUGCCCCGAAUAUGAUUGACAUUCACUCCACGCAAGAAUUUCUGGAUGCUUUAAGUCAAGCUGGGGAUAGACUAGUUAUUGUUGAAUUUUAUGGUACUUGGUGUGCUUCUUGUCGAGCAUUAUUCCCCAAGCUAUGCAGAACAGCUGAAGAAAACCCUGAAAUUGUUUUCUUGAAAGUAAAUUUUGAUGAGAAUAAGCCAAUGUGUAAGAGUCUGAACGUUAGAGUACUUCCUUACUUCCACUUUUAUCGAGGGGCUGAGGGGCUGCUUGAAUCAUUUUCAUGUUCACUUGCCAAGUUUCAAAAAAUAAAGGAUGCCAUCAAGUUACAUAACACAGCUAGAUGCAGCAUUGGUCCACCUAAGGGCGUUGGUGAUCUGAUUCUUGAACCCUCUCCUGUUUCCAAGGACAGACCAAAAGAAUCUGUUUAAGCACAGUAUCACAAUUCAUGCAUCUGUAUCAUCAUAAGUUGUCUCUCAAAGGGAAAACUUCAGAGAAGCCUGUGAACCAGAGAAUCUUAUAUAAAGAGCAUAUGUACUAUAUAUAUUUUACCCUUUCAAUUUUUUUGGUUUUAGAAGGAUAUAUCAAGCAGAAUUAUUUGUUCUGCUUCAUUCUUGUCCAUUCAUUAGCUGAUUGUAAUCAAAUACUUGAAAACUUCAGCGCAUAUGAAAUUUUAGUUAUUAAGUUGUAUUUAAUUGAAAAGUUUCUGCAUCUGUAAGCUCAAUUCUUUUGCUUGUUUA